CCGCUGGUUGACGACAUGCUGCAGAGUGUCUGUUAGCGGCAGCAUCCUCGUGAGGAGCCGUGAACAAACGUUAGAUUAAACAAACGUCGGCUAACGGUUAGCUAGCUGCGGCUCGCGAGCAAAAACAAAUGAGGUGAGCGAGCCCACCAAGGAGGAGAAGGCGGUGGCCAAGUAUCUUCGGUUCAACUGCCCCACCAAGUCCACCAACAUGAUGGGCCACAGGGUGGACUACUUUAUCGCCUCCAAGGCAGUGGACUGUCUGCUUGACUCAAAGUGGGCCAAGGCGAAGAAGGGAGAGGAGGCUGUGUUCACCACCAGGGAGUCUGUGUUGGAUUACUGCAACAGACUUCUGAAGAAGCAGUUCUUCCACCGGGCUCUCAAAGUGAUGAAGAAAAAACCUGAGAAGGACACCAAGAAAGACAAGGAGAAGGAGAAGGAGAAGGAGAAGGAAAAGGAAAAGGAAAAGGAAAAAGAGAAGGAGAAGGAGAAGGAAAAAGAGAAGGAAAAGGAGAAGGCAAAGGGUGACAGCAGCAAAGAGGAGGAGAAGAAAGGGAAGAAGGAGAAAGACAAGAAGAAAGAGUCUGAAGUUGAAACCAAGAAAGAGAAGAGUGAUGACAGUCCUGGAACCCCCAAAAAGAAGAAAGAGGUGAAGAAGAAGUUCAAACUGGAGCCUCAUGAGGAUCAGCUGUUUCUAGAUGGAAAUGAGGUGUUUGUGUGGAUUUAUGAUCCAGUCCAUUUCAAGACCUUUGCAAUGGGGCUGAUACUUGUUAUUGCAGUGAUAGCAGCCACGCUGUUCCCGCUGUGGCCAGCAGAAAUGCGAGUAGGAGUUUACUAUCUGAGUGUAGCAGCAGGCUGCUUUGUGGCCAGUAUACUGCUUCUGGCUGUCGCUCGAUGUAUCCUCUUCCUAAUAAUCUGGGUGGUGACGGGCGGGCGCCAUCACUUCUGGUUCCUCCCCAACCUGACAGCAGACGUGGGCUUCAUCGACUCAUUCAGGCCGCUGUACACUCACGAGUACAAAGGACCGCGAGCCAGCAAGAAGGGCUCGGACAAGGACGACAAGGACAACGGAGGCUCCACCAAGGCUCAAAAAUCAGAUAGUGAUGAAAAGUCUGACAGCGAGAAGAAGGAUGUGGAUGAUGAAGAGGAGGAGGAAGAGGAGGAGAGCAAAGAGGCGACAGCAGCAGAGGAAGGUAAAGAAGCAGAAGGGGAAGGGACAGAUCGGCACUCAGACACAGACAGCGACCGGCGGGAGGACGAAGGAUCGCAGCACAGCAACGGAAAUGACUUCGAGAUGAUCACCAGGGAGGAGCUGGAGCAACACACGGAAGAAGAAGAAGAGGAAGAAGAAGAAGAGGAAGAAGAAGAAGAGGAAGAGAACACGCAACAGAGGAAAGAAGGGUGUGAGAGUGAGACUAAAGGCCAGACUGCGGAAACAUAAACUUCUUACUAUCCCAUCACUCAAUACUUUCCUCUCUCUGUCCCUUCCUCCCCUUCUACUGUGAUCCCAGGACCCGCUUGUCCCGCCUCCUCUUCACGAGGAGACGCUCCAUCUCUUGUUGUGAGAUCUUCCACUGACACAGUACCCACAGACCAGGACCGGAGAAAAACAAACAGCAACAACAAUGAGGAAGACAUAUUGUAUGAUAAAGAAGCCUUACGGUGGAACGGAUUCCUCCACGUUUGAUGUGAUUCAUGUCAGAGUGAAACAAAACCUGCCUGAGGAAGCUGUCCACAGAGAAACCAUCAGACCUGCAGCAGCACUAACGAACAGUCCUUCACCACUUUUUCAUGUUGUAACAUUGCUUUCGGUGUCAUUUCAACUCUAAAUGCUUUGGUUACAUUCGUACGUGAGAUCAAAUCCAAAACAGACUAUGGAGGGAAGCUCAAAGUGAGCAGUGUGAUGUGGUACUGCUUUCCUUGCCUUUUUUCUGAUUUUUUUGUCACCUUUGAGCUCCAUGUUAUUUGUGCAAUCCUUAGACAGUGUAGAAAGAUGGACCACACAUUCUUCUCCUGUUCACAAAAGUGAUGCCAAAGUGCUCCCCAUGCCCGGUGCUGACGUAUUGCACAUUUUGAGUCCGUGAUAUUGACGUCCCAACUUUCCGCUAACCAGAACACUAAUUUAAUAAUGAAUCAAACGGCAAAGGUCCCUCUGGUUGGUGCGGUCUACAGCGGAAACACUUCUUGUGUCAAACCCUUUGAGAGCAUCAAUAAAUUAAUAACAUUUUCUCAGAAAAACGAACACUGACAUAAAUCAGCAUGACAGGAAGGAACUGUAAUGAUACAACUGUUGAAAAAAGUGAGUCCUGUCUGUUAAUCUGGAGGACGCAGGCUCUAUGACCUAUACUGCAGCCAGUCACCAGGGGGAGCUCUAAAUCUUUUGGCUUCACUUCAGGGGAGCUGUCAUGUUGUCCACCCUUUAAUGUAACGUAUGGUACAAUCACAGACUCCCUGGAGAGCCCCUGUUUAUUCACUUUAUAUUGUGUUAUUGCAGGAGCACCAGUGGGUCUGAUAGCUUUCUCAGGCAGGCAGGCAGCACAGCAAACUGAUGGGAGGUAAAGCCAGAUGGACCAAAUCCUGAAACUACUCAAAGGAAACAAGUAAUGGACCACACUGUGGCUGGAUGGAGUGUUUGACUCUUUGAGGUACUCGCCAUUUUCAGUAAGAAGAAGUGUUUGUCUUUGAAGACUGAUGCUCAUAGUGCAAUUCUCUCUCACAGUCUAGUUCAUGUUCAGUGUGGGACUCAUCUGUAAGAGUAAAUGUGUGCGACUGGGACACAGCUGGCGUACUUAAAUUUUCUUUUUUAAAAAAAGAUUUCAGCAUUUGUUGUACAACUAAAACUAGAUCAUGUAAAGUCUAUUUGCAAACAGGAACCAAGACAUAAAAUAAACUCUAGUGCCAAACACGUCGAAUAAGAGAUAGUAUGCAUGCAGAUUUAAAACUGUGCAGGGUAACAUGUCAAAGUAAACAUUAUAAUUUGUUAAUUUGUUUAAUUAUGUAACUGCAAUGUCAUACUUCCUCGAAUCCUUCAUGACUUUGGGAUAAAAGUAAAGAUUUAAAAAAGCACAGGAUGUUAGGUUUUAGCUAAAGCAAAGAUUUUUGGUCUCAAUGAAACCAUUUAAAAGCACUGGACUCACAUCUGAACCUGCUCUGUAUUUAACACAAGCCGCAUGCUUGGACAUAUUCAAAUUAUAAGAAUCAGUCUUUUCGGCAAUUAUUAAAAUAAAAUAAAAAUAAGUCAAGUGUUUUCUAAUUCCAGCUUCUCGAAUGAAAAGGUGCUGCUGCUCUUUAUCUUACACGAUGAAGUAAAUGAAGAGUUCUUGAGUUUGGACCGAUGAGCCGUUCAAAGACAUUGCUCAUAAAUUGUAAUGAUUUUCAAUAGCUUCUCAUGGAAACAGUUCCUCUCUAAAAGCAGGCUGAUGUAUCUGUAUUGGAGAUAAUCAGAAGUUGCAGCCUCAGGCCAGUUUCAUUUCCAGUGGAAGUCCGUGGUCCAAGCUGUUCCUUCACAUCCACCUCAGGCGAGGAGCAUCGUAGAUUCUCUUUUUUGUUUUAGCAAGGAUUAUAUUUCAAUAUAAAAAUAGAAAUGCAUCGUUUAUAUAUGGAUUCUAUUGAUAUAUCAAAUAUAUAGCAUACUUAGUCUAAAAAUCUAUAAAGCUCUUUUUUCAGCUUCUUCCCACCUUCUCUUCUUUUUGUAUAAGGAGGAUUUUGAGUGUUUGUAAUACUUUUUUUUAUACUAUCAUUAAAGAGCGUACUCACUAUUUAAACUCAACGUCUGGGGAAAGAAAACAGGAUUUAUUUGCAUUUUUCUGUGUUUACCAUUUGCCACUUAACAUUGAAUGUCUGAUGUAGUUUGUUUGUAUUUCUCAAUAAACACAGUUAGUGGAUCACUCAGAUGAUGACCUGCCAGUCCCCUCGAAGAAAAUCUGAAUAUAAUCCACACAACGGACGUUUAAAAUGAACUCACGGUAGUCUGUUCUCCUGUAGCUCUUCAACUCUCUAACUCUCUCACCACCUCCUUUCUUUUCUAACAUCUCCAUUCUGUUUUCUUCCCCACAUCGGGCAAAGUGCAUCUCUGUGUCCUGAGUUGCCAGUCGCUGUACUCUCAAUAUUGGCAUUUCACAAAUGAGACAAAAAAAAGAGAAGACUUCUCCCAGUUGUUCUUGACUGUUGCACAGUAUCGGUCUGUUGUAUAUUGUAGUAUUAUUAUUACUCUUUACGCUGCUGCUUCUCAUCGCACAUCUCUGGGGGAAAUAAAAGUGAAAUUGUUGAAACAUCUGUGUUUUAUCUCUGGUCAGAAAAACUGAAAACAAGCGUGUCUCUUGAUCACCUAGUUGUCCACAUCAGGAUCAAUGUCAUUCUGAAGACUGUCACAUGCAAUAUUGGAGUAUAAUUUAAUAAAACUGGAUGUCUGGAAAUAUAUCUGUAUCUUAUCAUUGCAAUAAAAAUAUAGAAAGCAUAAA